AUGAUGCCCCGGGACAGUGCGCGCGGGAGGUUAAAGUCUCAUGAGGCUUGUCUCAAUUGCAGGCGCAAAAAGACUCGCUGUCCAGCCGAGAAGCCCUCAUGCUCCAGCUGUGUUCGCUUGAAUCAGCCAUGUCUCUAUACCUCCAUUCCGAGGGGCUCGCGAGGAGGGCAGUCCGACGAUAGACUAGCAUUCCUGGAAGAAAAGGUGAAUCUCAUUCUCAGUGGCACCCGCCCGACGCAGGAAGUGCGGGCAGACAAGACGCACGAGAAUGGGAAUGGGGGCGCAGAUACAUACCCGACCACAACGCGUCUACCCUCUAACGAACCCAGCGUGAAUGACCCUUUCUUUCUGGGCUUUGGAUACGAUGACUCCCUUUCACAGCCCUCGUCAUCGGCGAUAGCGAAAGCGAUUGAUCUGUACUUUGAAUAUUGCCAUCGCCAACCCAUCUGGUGCUUUGAACGCGAUGAGGUCUCCGACCCAAGCUGUCUAUCGGAGGAAAUCAUCUGCUGUCUAUUGGCUCUGACUUCACGAUUCUCGCGGGAUCGAGAUCAUUUGCAGCAUUAUGGAGACAGCGCCAGAAGUCUGAUCAUGCUUCGGAUGGCUAAUGGUUCUGUUGGGCUGGAGACAAUAGAAAGUCUCUGUCUGCUCUCAUAUUCUUCAUUUUUGGAUGGAAACAUUCACCUGGGCCGCUUUCACCUGGGCCUGGCGCUACACCUGUGCAGGUCGGCGACAUUGGAUCUCGAAUCCACAUAUGUCGGUGAGGGACCCACCACUGAACGGAAAAAGCGUCUCUUCUGGAGUCUGCAGUGUCUCGAGCAAUCAUACGGCCAGCAAAAUGGUUUCCUUUGCAUUCCAGCAGAGAUUCUCCGCACAUUUUACGUGUCCUCGAGUGGCGACCGCGCAUUACAGGGUGCUACAGAAACAAAGCCCCCACCCUUACCGACAGAUGAUCUCGGCUGCUCCAACCCAUCCGACCUAGGGAUUUGGAGUCUCGCUGUCCAUUUCGGUUGGGUUUGGAGUAGAGUGCGAACUUACGUUUCAGACUGUGCGCGGAAUCGAUUAAAAGAGCCCUGGAGACACGAUUCCAUGUACUCCAUGGUCCUGUCCGAUCUCACGGAGAUCGAGAAUAAGCUUUCUCAGUGCCAUCGCUACGAUUCAGUGAAGUUCUACGAACGGACGGCGGAGGAACUUCGAAUGAAUCGAGACUACUGGACUCCUUGGCUCAAGCUCCAGUUCACUUAUCACUGUGUACUGACUGUUCUCAACCAUCCGUUUGUUUACAUUGUGGCAUCUCAAUAUAACGACAAUCUAGCCAUCCCCAACGCUUUCUGGAGACGGUCAUCCGAGCUGGUCCUGCUGCAUGCUACUUGGAUCGUUCGAAUGAUAGAUAUGGUGUCUGACAAAAAGAUGCGACUGAUCGACCCUUUCUUCGGACAUGCUGCUGCCAUUGCAGCCACCGUGCACUUGUACUACUGCUGCGCUGCGGAUCCUCGACUAAAGUACAAGUCUAAAGUCGACUUCACAAAAUGCAGGAGGUUUCUCAAAACAUUCGUUUCCUUCUCACCAGCAUGUGAACAACUGGAUCAAACACUCGACAAGAUGACGCGAAUUGCCUCUGGCUCGGAAAACAUCGAUUAUGAAUGGGAGCCGGAGAAGAUUCAUCUCAGUAUACCUUUGAUGUGGGACGUCCUCCAGGUCAACUGCAAACCCAAACCGCACGAAAUCUCUACCGGCGGCCUACUCCACUCAUCAUUGACCCCUACUGUCCCUUCAGAUGAAGGCGACGAAAGCCCGACAUUCACCGUGGAAGUCAUCGUUGCCAUGUCCCCCAACGUCACCGUCAACACAUCCGACGGGGGUGUGACUGCACACAUGCCACCAACCAUGCCACGCAAGUCCUCAGGAAGCGCCCAAGGCUCCCCAGACCUGGGCUUAGGUGAGAAGCUCGUUGCCCCAGUCGACAGUCUCAUGACCAAUACACCUUGGUUGUGGGCAGAUCCAUCGCAAUUUGUCGACAUGGAGAACAAUGUGGGAUAUCCAGACUCGGAAUCAAAUUUCGGCAACAUUGAGGGAUUCUCAACAUGGUGGGACUUUGGAAACCUAUAG